AAGAGAAUGUGGAGGUUCAAAGUCGUUCGCCUUAAAAUUUGCAGCACUCGACCAGAUCUUUUUCUCGAGAAAUCUAGUCCAACGGGGUCGUCGGCCUCCCUGUCCAUCUAAUCUGCUUCAGUUUCUCUUCAACGCGUCUCGUGUAGGAGUGAAAGUUCCGUCUGCAAUCUCUUUCUUUUCAGGAAGGAUGGUCGCCGCGUCUCUGUUCAGUGACUGAAUGAUGCUUCUACGUCACCAUCUUCCCCUCCUCCUCCUCUGUCACCCCUUCUCUUCCACUCCCAUAACCAGACAACCUCUCCGUCUCAUCAUCCCACCGAGGCCAUUCCUCUCUCUCCGGACCCACGCUGCCACUCCUACCACCUCUCCGCCGCCACCAUCCCUUAUUCCGUCUCCACUGCUCUCAGGCGUGAACUGCGAUGAGGAUGAUGAGGAUGGUGAUGGUGGUGGAGCGCCAAUACAUGUUCCGCUGGAGAAGCUCUUCAUUCCUCCCGAUGUCGAGGUCUCCGCCGACGCGGACGCUUCGAGCUAUAGAAUCCUGAAGGGCUCCAACAUCGUGCUGAGCCCGUACGCGAAGGGAUCCCAGGUACUGCAGGCGGAGUUUGUGAAGAGCAGCACCAGGCAUGAGGAUUGCCCCUCGGACGGGCGGCCGGAGUUUGCCCUCGUCGGCCGUUCCAACGUCGGCAAAUCCUCCCUCCUCAACUCCAUCGUUCGUAGGAAGCAUCUCGCCCUCACCUCCAAGAAACCAGGGAAGACACAAUGCAUCAAUCACUUUCUGAUAAACAAUAGCUGGUACCUUGUGGACUUGCCUGGAUAUGGAUAUGCAUCUGCACCACAGCAAGCACGGUACAAUUGGAAUGAGUUCACUAAAGAUUACUUCAUCAACCGAUCAACUCUAGUUUCUGUUUUUCUCCUCAUUGAUGCUACCAUACCUGCAAAACAUGUUGACCUCGAAUAUGCACGCUGGCUGGGAGAAAAUAAGAUCCCAAUGACAUUAAUUUUUACCAAGUGCGACAAACGGAAGAAGAGAAAAAAUGGUGGUAAGCGACCUGAAGAGAAUGUGGAAGAUUUUCAGACAUUGAUAGCAGAGUUCUUCCAACAAGCUCCUCCUUGGAUCAUGACAAGCAGUGUUACCAACCUAGGACGGGAUGAGAUCCUGUUACACAUUGCCCAACUUAGGAACUACUGGCAGAAGCAUUAAUAAUAGGUCAAUGUAUUUUAAUACACAUUGCCAAUCUGAUGGUCUGGUUUCGCAGUGGCUGCUAUUUUAAUCAUGUCCAUGUGUCCUUAACAUCGUCUUACAGAGACCUAAGUUAAGCAUUCUGUGAAUGCUUAGUCCUCGUGUUGAAAUCUGCCUCUGGCAGGUUAACAAAGUGUACAUCCUGCAAUGGUAAACGAUUUUCCAAUGAA